GUACUUACGUGGGGCUACAAUUUUUAUUUGUAAGUUGCAAGCUAGCUUCCUUAAUCGUAUUAUUAAGGUACAUUGCUGCGGUGUUUAAAUAUUUUGCACGCGAGUUCUUUAAUUGACGAAAUUAAUUAAAUAUUAAUUUAGUAUUGUUUUAUAAAUUAUCAUGGAUGAUAAUGACGAUCUGUUCAGUGUAUUUGACGAUGAGAGUGACAAAAAUACCAAAAAGAGUGAUUUAGUUACAGUCAAAACAGAAAAAGAACCACAAAUUGUUUGUGACUUUUUGAAAGAAAUAGCUGAAGGCAAAAGGAUACACGAAGAAGAAUCCAAUGUUGAGACAAAAAAACUGAAGACAAAUAAUAUUCUAGACACUAUUAACCUAGAUGAAUUUUCUAGAAUUCAAAUUCAUGUUGUGGAAACUGUUGAAGCAUGUCUACAUGAGGUUGCUGUUCCUCCCGACUCAGAUUACAUGCCACUGCGACAAAGUCAGAAUCCCCCGUCUCGCAACUAUCCCUUUCUGCUAGAUCCUUUUCAAAAAGAAGCCAUCCUUUGUUUGGAGAAUAAUCAGUCUGUUCUUGUAUCUGCUCAUACAUCUGCGGGCAAAACAGUUGUAGCUGAGUAUGCCAUAGCCACAUCUCUAAAAAACAAACAAAGGGUGAUUUAUACGACUCCCAUCAAAGCUCUAAGUAAUCAGAAGUAUAGAGAAUUUUUUGAAGAGUUUAAAGACGUAGGAUUACUGACUGGGGACGCUACCAUCAACCCUUCGGCCAGUUGUUUAAUUAUGACCACAGAAAUUUUAAGAAGUAUGCUGUAUCGCGGCUCGGAAGUGAUGCGAGAAGUAGGCUGGGUUAUAUUUGAUGAAAUUCAUUAUAUGAGAGACAAAGAACGAGGUGUAGUUUGGGAAGAAACAAUUAUAUUAUUACCUGACAGUGUUCAUUAUGUGUUUCUCUCUGCUACAAUUCCCAAUGCAAGGCAGUUUGCUGAAUGGAUUUGCUAUUUGCAUCAUCAGCCCUGUCAUGUUGUAUACACCGACUACAGACCAGUUCCUUUGCAACAGUAUAUAUUUCCUGCUGGCGGUGAUGGUUUGCAUCUAGUUGUUGAUGAAAGUGGAAAUUUCCGUGAAGAGAAUUUCAACACAGCCAUGAAUGUUCUGCAAGUAGUGGGAGGAGCGUCAAAGGGUGAUUCUGCAAUGAGAGGAAGAAAGGGUGGAAUGAAAGAUGGAUCCAACUGCUAUAAAAUUGUUAAGAUGAUAAUGGAGCGGAAUUUUGCUCCCGUCAUUGUAUUCAGUUUUAGCAAGAAAGAAUGUGAAGCAUAUGCUAUGCAGAUGGCUAAGCUAGAUUUCAACAGUGCCGAAGAAAAGCCGUUAGUGGAAGAAGUGUUCAAGAAUGCCAUGGAUGUGCUAUCAGAUGAAGAUAAAAAAUUACCUCAAGUUGAACAUGUGUUGCCAUUGCUGAAACGUGGAAUUGGUAUUCAUCAUUCUGGCCUUCUACCUAUUUUGAAAGAAACUAUUGAAAUUCUUUUCUCUGAAGGACUCAUCAAGGUAAUUCUCUCUUUUCAUUCAAUCCCUACACACUCUCCUUAUAUAUUGUUCAAAAUCAUUCAUAAAAUACUUUUUUAUUCAUCCACGCAACUGACGUCUGGAGAAUACAUCCAAAUGAGUGGAAGAGCCGGGAGAAGAGGCCUCGAUGAAAGAGGUAUCGUCAUAUUAAUGGUGGAUGAGAAAAUGAGUCCAUCUGCUGGAAAGGACAUCGUUAAGGGUUUGCCAGAUCCAAUCAAUUCAGCAUUCCACCUGACCUACAACAUGGUGUUGAAUCUGUUGCGGGUGGACGAAAUAAAUCCAGAAUACAUGUUGGAACGUUCAUUCUUUCAAUUUCAGAACUACUCCGCUAUCCCACAACUUUAUGACAGAAUACGGAAACUUGAAGAGAAUCAUGAUAACAUAUUAAUAAAGAAAGAAGAGGAAGUAGACACUUACUAUAAAAUUCAAAAACAGCUGUCUGCACUUUCUGCUGAGUACCACAGUUACAUCAUUCAACCUGAAUAUUGUGUUCCGUUCUUCCAACCUGGGAGGCUUGUUAGAGUUCAAAACGGUGAGCAAGAUUUCGGAUGGGGCAUGAUCAUUAACUAUCAGAAGAAAUCUUCGGAAAACAAACAAGAUUCUCUGGUUAUUUAUGUUGUUGAUGUGUUGCUUCAAGUUUCUAAAGACAGUGUGGAUUCUAAAGUUACAUCCUCCAUUAAACCUGUGGAGAAAGGAGAAAAAGGAGUAAUGCAGGUUGUUCCUGUAAAAUUAGAUCUAAUACAACAGUUCAGCUCUGUGCGUGCCUACACCCCUCAAGAUCUUAGACCCCUUGAUAAUCGGAUGCAAGUUUUAAAAACAAUUCAAACAAUUCAAGAAAGAUUUCCUGAUGGUUUGCCACUUCUUGAUCCCGUGAAGGACAUGAAAAUAAAAGACCAAGGCUUUAAAGAUGUGUUGAAAAAAAUUGAAGCCUUCAAUUUACGACUGAAUCAGCAUUCGCUCCAUAAUAACCCAGAUGUUCAUGACUACAUUAGCCAGUACAAGAGAAAGGCAGAAAUUCAUAGUGAAUUAAAAGAAGCAAAAGCAGAGCUGAAGAAAGCUCAAUCACUCUUGCAAAUGGAUGAACUAAAAUGUCGAAAGAGAGUAUUAAGGAGGAUGGGUUAUUGUACAGCAUCUGAUGUCAUUGAACUUAAAGGACGUGUUGCAUGUGAAAUUAGCAGUGCUGAUGAGCUGAUAUUGACUGAAAUGAUUUUCAAUGGUGUGUUUAAUAACCUGGACGUCCAUCAGACCACUUCCUUACUCAGUUGUUUUGUCUUUCAAGAAAAAUCAAAUGAAAUGCCAAAACUCACAGAAGAAUUGUCUGGACCUCUACGACUCAUGCAGGAAACUGCCCGAAGGAUAGCUAAAAUAAGCAAAGAAUGCAAGUUGGAAUUGGAUUCUGAAAAUUAUGUUGAAUCUUUCAGACCUCAUUUGAUGGAUGUAGUCAGUUCAUGGAGCAAAGGAGCUAGCUUCUUGCAGAUAUCAAAAAUGACAGAUGUGUUUGAAGGAAGUGUCAUCCGAUGCAUGAGGAGACUGGAAGAAUUAUUGAGACAGAUGUGUCAAGCAGCUAAAGCAAUUGGAAACACAGAAUUGGAAAAAAAGUUUUCUGAUGGCAUAAAACUCAUAAAAAGAGACAUUGUAUUUGCGGCUAGCUUAUACCUGUGAGUCACAUUGCUGCACAAGGAAUUUUAUCAAUGCAUAUUUUUGUUAAACAGAUUUUUAUGUACAUUUAUAAACAUGACUGUUUUUUAAAAUAUGAAUUCAUUUUUUUUUUUUAAACUCUGGGAAACAGAGCAAAAGUAGUGGUCGCUUCCUGGUGAUAAAAAAUAAUAAAAAGUAAUUAAACAAUUCGAUUUGUUACAAAAAAAGAGAGAGAGAGAUAGUCUUGGUAAUUUUAAUUUUCACAUUUUCUUACAUUCUCAUAACAUAAUCUAGGACAAAAUUAUGAAUAUUCAUAAUCAUUCUAUAUACUUUAACUAAAGUUCAGUUUGAAUAAUUUAUUUAUUUUUUUAUUUAUAUUGAAGUGAAUGUGCUCUCUUUUCUGCAGAUAAUCUUAUUUCCUCUUUAAUGUCUUCAGCCCUUUAUUUCUGUAAAUCUUUUUGUUAUUUGUAUCCAAUUUUACUUUUUAUAUUACAGGAGUUUAUUUAUUAACUUCUGAGUUCAAAACUAGUUUUUUCAAAUGGCAUAAUCCUAAUAUUCUAACUCAAAAGAAGAAAAGCUAAUUACGAAAGAAAAAAAGGGUUUGCUUAAACGAACUUUACAAUUAAAGGAAAUGAUUCAGGACAAAUAUAUCUGCAUUUAUGCUAUUUUUUGUUGGAAGCUUUUGGUUUUAAUUUUACAAAACAUGUUAAGGAAAAAAAAAAACAAUUUAUAAAAAACAGUAAGGAAUAAAAAUUUUGAAGAACUAGUAACAAUAAAAUUUAAAGAUAAAAAAAACCACUGAAUUGUCAACUAAAAUAUGUUUCUAAACCUUUUUCAUUUUAUUCCAUAUAAAAGUUACGUUUAAACUGUUAUUUACAAUAAUGUUGUACUUAUUUAAACUAUCUAAUUUAAAUAAAGGUCAAUAUCACUAACUUUUACAAAAGAAAAAAAAAUAUGGUCUAUAAUUUUUUAAAACUCUAGUGACCAAUGGCAUUUUAAAAAAAUUCGUCAAAUUUUGCUUUUUUCUCUUCAUGAAAAUCCUACUAAAAAUAAUUAAAUACCUUUUUUUUUAAAAAAUUUCCUUUAGCUCAAUAAAAAGAUUACAUUAUUAAAAUCACACAUUUUCAUUUUCCAUGUGAAAAUGUUUCAAGUGUAUAUACUUCAUGAUGUUACAUUUUGUACAAAUAAAUUUUUUGUUCUUUUGGCA